AUGGCUCCUAACGCUUACGUCACGAUCACGACGCCGUCUACCGAGACCAAUGCGCACGUCUAUAGCAGGGCAACAUCUCCGCUGAUCAGCGACCAUACUCAACUUGCCGGAGCACUGCUUGCAAUUGUUAUCGCUGCCGGGGGCGCUCUUUGGCUGAGCAUAUAUUACUUCAGGAAAAGCUGGGCAGCGAAAAAAGAGAGAGAUGGUCUUCAGCUGCCUGCACUCCCCGAGAUUACGAUCAACAGCCACGAUGCAAAGCCUCUUCGUCAAAAGGCUGUUUCACGCGCGCAGCUUACUGCGAGUGUUGUCAUGCCAGACAGGGCUAUCCUCGUGAAGGACGCCCCACGCGUGCAAAUGACGGAACAAGCUGGACCGUCAACUCCAGGACCUUCCGACUUCCUUGCUCCGCCGGCGGUGCGCAUUUCUCGCCGCGUAUCCGUGCCCUCAGGCCCACCCAGCCGCAGCUCUACCACGCGCCGUGUCUCCACCGUAUCGUUUUCCGUACCGCCUGGUACGGGCACAGGCAACUCUUCGAUGCGCAACAGCACGUACUCCACUGUAUCGUUUUCCGUACCGCCUGGUACGGGCACAGUCAACUCUUCGAUGCGCAACAGCACGUACUCCACCAACUCUUCCGUAUCGUACUUCGAUGAAUCGCAUAAGCGCAAGGUUCGCCAGGUGUUCGCGGCGGAAUUGCCGGAUGAGCUCCAGCUCAGCCUUGGCGAGCAGUUGGUGGUUGUGCAGACAUUCAACGAUGGCUGGUGCGUUGUUGGGAGGGAAAGCAGGACGCGUUCGGGAGACAUCGAGUUGGGAGUAGUGCCUGGGUGUGUGUUUGCGAGGUUUAUCGAGGGCGUCAGGGUGACGCGGCCGCCGCGAAGCUCGAGCUUUGGAGUGUCGGUAACGUUGGACUGCCCUGGUGGCCCAUCGUUUGAAUGGUCAAACAAAUGA